GUUCGUCAAUAUGAAUACGAUCUUAUUCUUAGUCCAGACGUCAACACCAGUAACUAUGUGCAAUGGUUUUACUUUCGCAUCUCUAAUAUCGAGGCAGAUGGUGUUGAAUAUCGCUUUAACAUAAUAAAUUGUGAAAAACCCGCCAGUCAAUUUGCUUCGGGUAAUUUAUUCAGUCUUUUAGUUGAUUAA